AAAAAAUAUAUCGGCCAUGAGCUUCGUGACCAAAGCAAACCACAAGCGAUGCCUGUGGGUCGGCGGCCUCGACAAGGCCGUGACGGAAGACAUCCUUCGCGCGGCUUUCGUUCCAUUUGGACCGCUCAAGGACGUUCAGAUUCCCAUGGACUUCACCGGCGCGAACCAGCAAAACAAGGGAUACGGGUUUGUCGAGUUUGACCUGGAAGAUGACGCGAAGGAAGCGCUGGACAACAUGGACGACUCGGAGCUGUAUGGCAAAGUCCUCAAGGUGAACAUUGCCAAGGCCCAGUACAACGAACACCAAGGAAAUCGCGCAGUGUGGGACCAGAACCUAGACGACAAAGAACCCGAUGAAGAAAACAGUACCAAGCCGUCGAAUGAGACCGCAGCUCCAGCUACAUCGACAUAAGCAUCACACAAACGUCGCAUUCACGACCUGAGGUCUUGGGCCGACAUAUAGACUCUCCCCCUCGCACGACCAUGUCAUGUCCACAGGCCAAUUCGAGUCACUAUGUACUCUAC